CUUUAUUUCCAAUUCACUCGAAGCGGCUACAUCUUUCUUUAGUGCACUUUUUCAGAGCCAUUUUUGUGCUUGCGUUCUUCGUCAGAGUGAGAAGGGUCGAAAGCGAGUAGCGAUACAAGGUGUAGAGCAGGUUAGCAGCGGCUCUGAGACUUGUUACGUUCCGCCCAUAACACGCCCAUCUUCUCGCAAUAAAUAGCGCCAGUACGACCGAGGAGCCCUCUCCUUUCUCCCCACUCUUACCUGCUCCCAGGACCGAGGUGCCUGGCCUACCUUGCCCGGUGUUAACUGACAAUGGAGACAGAAAUUGAACAACAAGAAGAAGAUACCUCAUUCAGCAACACAGAAACCAACGGUAAACGUCCUGCGGAGGACGCCGAUGAGGAGCAGUCAUAUAAGCGCUCCAGGAACACAGAGGACAUGGUGGAGCUCCGCAUACUCCUGCAGAGCAAAAAUGCAGGAGCCGUGAUUGGGAAGGGUGGUAAAAACAUAAAAUCCCUGCGCACAGACUUCAAUGCCAGUGUGUCAGUCCCAGACAGCAGUGGGCCUGAGCGAAUUCUGAGCAUCGGUGCGGAAAUCGAGACCGUUGGAGACAUCCUGCUCAAGAUCAUCCCUACUCUGGAGGAGUACCAACAGUACAAUGGGAUGGACUUUGACUGUGAGCUGAGGCUGCUGAUCCACCAGAGCCUGGCAGGCAGCAUCAUUGGUGUGAAGGGAGCAAAGAUUAAAGAGCUGCGAGAGAACACCCAGACCAACAUCAAGCUGUUCCAGGAGUGCUGUCCCCAGUCCACAGACCGCGUGGUUCUGGUCAGUGGCAAGUCUGAGCGUGUCGUCGAGUGCAUCAAGAUCAUGCUGGAUCUCAUCGCCGAGGCUCCCAUAAAAGGGCGCACCCAGCCCUACGACCCUAACUUCUAUGAUGAGACAUAUGACUACGGCGGCUUCACCGUGAUGUUUGAGGAGCGCGGAGGUGUUGGUGGUGGUGGACGGCGCCCCAUGGGAGGCUUCCACAUGCGAGGCGGACGUGGUGGCGGAGGGUUUGACCGGAUGCCCUCUGGGCGAGGUGGUCGAGGUGGGCCCAUGCCCCCCGCCCGCAGAGACUAUGAGGAGAUGAGCCCCCGCCGUGGACCCCCACCACCCCACCCAGGAAGAGGGGGAAGGGGAGGGAGCCGUGGCCGCAACCUGCCGCUGGCCCCACCACACAGAGGAGGCAGUGACAGGCGAGGGAGACCAGGAGAUCGCUAUGGUGAUAACAUGGGUGCGGGUGGAUAUGAUAACAGCUCGUCCUGGAACUCCUAUCAGUCUGGUGGACGCGGUUCCUAUAAUGAUAUGGGAGGGCCAGUCAUCACCACACAAGUGACGAUCCCCAAGACUUGUUCUCUCCAGCUGGCCGGCUCCAUCAUCGGUAAGGGAGGCCAGAGGAUCAAGCAGAUCCGGCAUGAGUCUGGCGCCUCCAUUAAGAUUGACGAACCACUGGAGGGUCAGAAGACCGCAUCAUCACCAUCAGCGGCACCCAGGACCAGAUCCAAAACGCUCAGUACCUAUUGCAGAAUAGGCAAGUUCUGGAUGCCCUCUGAGUGA